UUCUCUUUCUCACCCUUCGUCCCUUUUUGUCCGAGCUCCUUCCUUUCUUCUUCUCUUUUUCGUUGCUCUGAGAGCGCUGCGCGGGUUCCACUGUCUCCUCUGCAGUUCGGGGUUAGUUGCCAUACUAACCCCAAUGAGGAUAGGGGGCUUUUGAUGCCAUCAUCUUGUCGACGGAGAGGGUGUUUCUCCCCUGUCCACGUAGUGCCCCAAGCCUCUGGUGCCCGUGAUUCCUAGCGAGGAGGGAAUGCUGAUUGACCCCCAUGAGCGGAGGCUUGGACGGCAGCCUAGCUUAAGCAAGGGGAGCCACCAUGUUGGUGAUACCCCCUGGACUGAGCGAGGAGGAGGAGGCUCUGCAGAAGAAGUUCAACAAACUGAAGAAAAAGAAAAAGGCAUUGCUGGCUCUUAAGAAGCAAAGUAGCAGCAGCACAGCCAGCCAAGGCGGUGUCAAACGCUCAUUGUCAGAGCAGCCUGUCGUGGACACAGCUACCGCAACAGAGCAGGCAAAGCAGCUGGUGAAAUCAGGAGCCAUCAGUGCCAUCAAGGCUGAGACCAAGAACUCGGGCUUCAAACGUUCUCGAACCCUGGAGGGGAAGUUAAAAGACCCUGAGAAGGGGCCAGUCCCCACUUUCCAGCCAUUCCAGAGGAGCAUAUCUGCCGACGACGAUCUGCAGGAGUUAUCCAGACGUCCCCAAAGGAAAUCUCUGUAUGAGAGCUUUGUGUCUUCCAGUGAUCGGCUUCGGGAACUGGGGGCAGAUGGGGAUGAGGCAGAAGGCCCAGGGGCUGGUGAUGGCCUCCCUCGAAGCUUUGACUGGGGCUAUGAAGAACGUGGUGGUGCCCGCUCCUCAGUCUCCCCUCCCCGAAACCGCAGCCGGGACCGCAGUCGUGAGCGGAACCGGGACAGGGACCGGGACAGGGACCGGGACCGGGACCGGGACAGAGACCGGGACCGGGACAGAGACCGGGACAGAGACCGGGACCGGGACCGAGAGGGCCUUUUCCGCAGGUCGGACUCAUUCCCUGAGCGCCGGGCCCCUCGGAAGGGGAAUACUCUCUAUGUGUAUGGGGAAGACAUGACUCCCACCCUCCUCCGUGGGGCCUUCUCUCCCUUUGGAAACAUCAUUGACCUCUCCAUGGACCCUCCCAGAAACUGUGCCUUCGUCACCUAUGAAAAGAUGGAGUCAGCAGAUCAGGCCGUUGCUGAGCUCAAUGGGACCCAGGUGGAGUCCGUGCAGCUCAAAGUCAGCAUUGCCCGCAAACAGCCCAUGCUGGACGCCGCCACUGGGAAGUCAGUCUGGGGCUCCCUUGCUGUCCAGAACAGUCCUAAGGGUUGCCACCGGGACAAAAGGACCCAGAUUGUCUACAGUGAUGAUGUCUACAAGGAAAACCUUGUGGAUGGCUUCUAGUUAUGGAGCUGGAUUUCUUGUGCCUCGUCUGCCCCAACACUGGUCUCAGUAAAACACUGAGGUGGAAGCUCA